UGUGUGGGCAAGAAGGAGGGAGGGGAGGUCAGUGACUGCUGGCUUGGGGCCCCUUGGCCACAGCUGGGCUCAGUGCUCAUUGCUCACUCCUGUGGCCCAGCACAUGCAUGCUACAGCCCCCCCUCAUGUGAUAAACCAGGCAAUGACCACAUGCUGACCACAUCCUUAAUUUGGGUGGGAGAGGACCAGUGUCCAUAGUGGGCAGCUAAAGGGAAGUUCUACAAUCUGGCCUGUGAGCAACUGAGAAAAUGACAGCAAAAAUGGAGGGCUUCAUGGGUUGAAACCUGCCCUCUCCCUGCCCUGUGCCUUUGUGUUUGAUAGGCUCCAGCCUGCAGCAUGCCACUUUGCACAAUUCCCUGGAGCCGCAGAAGAGACAUGGGAAGCGGAUAAAUAGAGCAUGCUGCUGACAGAGCCUCUGGAAUGUGCUUUUAUAAGGAGGGAGUUCCUCUGUUUGUUUUUAAGCAGCCAUCCCAUGCAGGGAACUCCCCUCCUUGCUUCCUACCAGGAGUAGAUUUAAGCAAAAACACACUCAGGAGUAUGGAAAGAUCUUCAAAUCUCACUUUGGACCCCAGUUUGUAGUAUCCAUUGCAGAUCGAGACAUGGUUGCCCAGGUUCUCCGAGCAGAAGGUAGAACUCCACAAAGAGCUAACAUGGAAUCUUGGCAGGAAUACAGAGAUUUACGUGGGAGAGCUACAGGACUUAUUUCUGCGGAGGGGGAACAAUGGCUAAAAAUGAGGAGCGUACUAAGGCAGAAAGUCCUGAAACCCAAAGAUGUGGCUGUUUUCUCUGGAGGAGUCAAUGAAGUAAUCACAGAUUUAAUUAAGAGAAUCCAUACUCUCAGGAGUCAAGAGGAAGAUGGGGAAACAGUGACCAAUGUUAACAAUCUUUUCUUCAAGUAUUCCAUGGAAGGUGUGGCAACUAUUCUGUAUGAAUCCCGGUUGGGCUGCUUGGAAAACAACAUCCCACGGAAGACUGUGGAAUACAUUGAGGCUCUGGAGUUGAUGUUUAGCAUGUUUAAGACCACUAUGUAUGCUGGGGCGAUUCCCAAAUGGCUUCGUCCAUUUAUUCCAAAACCUUGGAGAGAGUUCUGCAGAUCCUGGGAUGGACUCUUCAAAUUUAGUCAAAUCCACGUUGACAACAAAAUAAAGGAUAUUCAGUCCCAAUUGGACCAAGGAGAAGAAGUAAAAGGUGGGCUACUCACUUAUCUCCUAAUGAGUAAAGAGCUUACAGUGGAAGAGAUCUAUGCCAAUAUGACUGAAAUGCUUCUGGCAGGAGUGGACACAACUUCUUUCACUUUGUCCUGGGCUACAUACUUGUUGGCAAAGCAUCCUGAAGUCCAGCAAUCUGUGUAUGAAGAGAUAGUCAAUAACUUGGGAAAAGAUGAAGUUCCUACUGCAGAUGAUGUCCCCAAAUUGCCAAUGAUUAGAGCCCUGCUCAAAGAAACCCUGAGGUUAUUCCCUGUAUUGCCAGGAAAUGGCAGAGUGACGCAAGAAGACUUAGUUAUUGGAGGAUACUUUAUACCUAAAGGGACCCAGUUAGCACUCUGUCAUUAUGCUACAUCAUACGAGGAAGAGAAUUUCCCAAUGGCAAAUGAAUUCCGACCUGAGCGCUGGCUGCGGAAAGACAAUAUGGAUAGGGUGGACAAUUUCGGUUCCAUCCCAUUUGGUUAUGGCAUUCGCAGUUGUAUAGGAAAAAGAAUUGCAGAAUUGGAAAUUCACCUUGCACUGAUUCAGCUGCUUCAAAAUUUUGAGAUCAGAAUUUCUCCCCAAACUAAACCAGUCAAGGCCAAAACCCAUGGACUUUUGACUCCUGGAGACUCCAUCAAUGUGAAAUUUGCUGACAGGAAAUGAGAUGCAAAUGGUUAGGAAAUAUUAGUGUACUCUUCUUGGAAAUUGACUUUCAUCUGAUUGAAAUUUGAUGAUCAUUCUCUUGUCCAUUGGCUUGUCGGCAUUCUGCAAAAUUAUCAAGUCUUAGAUACUGACCUACUUCUAGCAAUAUCCAAGAGAUGUUAUCCCCCUCAUAGAAGAUAAUUCCACAAGUUCAUGCGGAAUUGUAUGGAAAUGUAAACUUAAACACUUCCUUUUUGCACUGGGAGUCACUUUUUCUCGAGUCAUUUUGGAUGAUAGUAGCAACAUGCACUGAAACAACAGCAUCAAGUUCAGGCAUGGCAUAUUGUCUUGCGCUUUUGUUA